GCCGGCGAGACCCACCGCGAGCACCCCGUGGGGCACGACGCACGCCCCAUUCUGGCGGUCCGCGCCCUUCCGCCAUAGCGCGUUUGCCACCGCGCCCUCGCGUGUGUCUGUCCGGUGGUGGUGGGGACGACACCAGUCGCGUUAUGGAAACGCUUUGCAGGGGACGUUCGUGCCUCCUCGCCAAAUCGACGUCCACCUUCCCGUGGCCCCGCUCGCCCUGCGCGCCCUGCGCCAGGCACGUCCUGCCCUACAUAGUAGGCCCAGCGCCAGGCCCCACGGAGGGACUGCCGCGAGCCCGCACAGAAUAAUAUAAUUGUGCGUAUUUCCCGCGGGAUUCAAAAUUUAGUUUUCGACAGCCUCUCCACCCUCCAGGCUCGCUGCCUUUUGUUUCCUGCAGGAGAGCGGGGAGGCCCCGUCCCGUGGGCCACAAUGGAAGUAGCGGGCGCGUGAAGGUGUGCGCCCAGGCAUUUCGUGGAGAGAGAGAGAGAGGGAGAGAGAGAGUGUACGUGUGAGUGCACGCGGAUAAGUGCAGGGGCGUGUGGCAUCCCCCGAGCCUGCACCUCGAACACCAUAAUGGUCGUUACCCCGUCUAUCGUAUUUCGCUGCAACUAGCGGCACACAGUUCGCUCUCCUCUCUAGCUUCUACGCUCCCCACUCGUCCCCACCACCACAACUUUUUUUGGUGCGCGUUUCCAGCAGUUGGAGUGCGUCCUGUUGAUACCCGUCCAGUGACUGUGUUUUUGUGGUGACCCCGUUCGUCGUUUCGAAACGGAUACAAGCCGCCGGACGCCCCACAGCCCACGCCCAGUGGACUGGCCCGGGCACCACCUCUCUCUCCCAUGAACCUGCGGCCCCAUGGCGGUCCCCGGGCUGUCCGUCCCGAGGCCCCCUGAGGGACCGGCCGGCCCCGCCGCUCUCGCCUCUGGCUCCGCCCCUGGCUACGCCCCUGGCCCCGCCGGCCGCCGAGCGCCAAUAUGACUUGGACGGUGCUUCUGGCCGUGUUGGGCUUCAUCGUCCUUCACAAUGGAGCCUGGGGGACGAGGAAGUUCCGGACCGAUUUCCUGCAGGACCUGCCCACCCCAGGGACGGGGCCCUUCUUCGACACGUCGGUGCCGACUAACCUAACCGGCAUCGUGGGCAAGACGGCCUACCUCAACUGCAGGGUCAAGAACCUGGGCAACAGAACGGUGUCCUGGGUGCGCCACCGGGACAUCCACCUGCUGACGGUGGGCCGCUACACGUACACGUCGGACCAGCGCUUCGAGGCCAUGCACUCGCCCCACACCGAGGACUGGUCACUGCGCAUCCGGUACCCGCAGCUCAAGGACUCGGGGCUCUACGAGUGCCAGAUCUCCACCACGCCGCCUAUGGGCCACCCGCUGUACCUGACCAUCGUCGAGCCCGAGACGGAAAUCCUGGGAGGCCCCGAGCUCUUCAUCAACAAGGGCAGCACCAUCAACUUGACGUGCGUCGUCAAACACUCGCCGGACCCGCCGCCGACCAUGGUCUGGAGCCACAAUUCGGAGGAAAUCAACUUCGACUCUCCGCGCGGCGGCAUCAGCCUCGUGACGGAAAAAGGACCAGAAACUUCCAGUCGGCUGCUCAUCCAGCGGGCCAGUCCCACCGACUCCGGAGAAUACACCUGCGACCCCACGGGGGCAACUGCCGCCACGGUCCGGGUCCACAUCCUCAACGGCGAGCACCCCGCCGCCAUGCACCACGGCCACGCCGCGCCCUGCGCCUCCACGCCGCAGUCGCUGCUCGCCUUCACGCUGGCCGUGCUGGCCGUGCGGGUCCUGCGGGUGCGAUAGUACGACGAGGACGACGCCGAUGCCCGGACUGCGUCGGGCUGCGUCGGGCUGCGUCGGGCUGCGUCGGGCUGCGUCGGACUGCGUCGGAUUGCCUUCCAAGCGGCGAGUCGCUCCGGCGUUGUUGAUCGACGCCGAAGUUUGCCCGUUCCGAGGCCUCCCCGCCGCGGGCCCGGCCCGAACCAGCACGGCACAUCUUGCGAACAUUCAGCCCCAACGAGUUUGGCCCCGUUCGCGCGGUCAGCGGUCUAUUCAUAUCCAAGAGAACGAUUUCGAUUUAAACGGUCCGUUGUUUUUGAGUGAUUAGUGCAGCUGGGGUGUUCAUUUUUUCGCGAGGGGAAAACGAAGUUCGUUUUAUUCGUUUGCUAGGGAUACAGCAGACUCGAAGACCUGCUCAGUUUUCAAGUACAAAACGUGUUGUAGUGCAAACAACUAGUGAGUGAAUGGUCAAAUGAAUUUGCUGGUUGGGAUGAGUCAUCGAGUUGCAGUUGCAGGGAAUACAGCAUUGCGCUGAGUGUUUGCAAUAAUGGUCACCGAUGCGGUGACGGCGACCUCUUCAAAUAUUGUUUCGGUUAUUUUGUGAAGUGGAUCCAAAAAAGAUUUUGUAUGGAGCUUUAUAGGAAAGCUUAAGGACAAUGACUGGCAUAAUUAUAUUGUGAAUUCUGUGAUGUGCACAUGUGUGUAUAAAGCACGGUCUUAUGCGUGCACGUUCGUUGUUGGGAGUGGUGUGAAUGUACAGCUUUGAAGCUAAGUUUUUGUAAAUAAUAAUUGUAAAUUAGACGCUGACAUGUUUCUGUCCUCGCAUGAGUACGUGAAUGUGAUGAAAAAUAUCAAUUUGUUCUAAGUCUGUUUUCCUGAUGAAGAGAUUAUUUUGCAAGCCUCUAUUAUUUUCCUUCUAGCUUCGGUUGGUUUGUCAUUCUGUUUCGUCUAUUUUCUAAUUUAUGCUGCAGUGUGCGAACUUUCUGAAGAAAUAUCAAAUUAGCGUAUGAUUUGUAAACUAAAUUAUGGUAUUUGAUUUUUGCCUUGUUGUUUAAAGCAGAAUGCCCUACUUUCAUAUGACCGUAAAUUUAUGAUUUGUACACACGUUAGUGUAAAAUAAAAUAAAGCCCUAUUCGUUUUGUAUAAAAAGAA